UUUUUUUUUUUUUUUUCUCCCAGAAAAAAUCUUCGACAUGAAAUCCUUUUUCUCUGGAAGUUUGUAAGAUUUGCAAAUUUCUUCUCAUUCUUCUGCAAUGGCGGCUGUUAAUUCCGUGUCAUUCUCAACGGUAAGUCAGUUUUCUGAUCGAAGGUCGCCGGUUCCGUCGGCUCGUUCACUCGCCUCGAAUUUCGACGGGUUUCGUUUCCGUUCUAGUGUUUUCUAUCAUCAUUCGGGAGUUCGAACCUCGAGUUUCAGUUCUCGCUUGGUCAUUCAUUGCAUGUCCGCCGGAACAGAUGUGACGACUGUAGCUGAGACUAAAUUGAACUUUCUAAAGGCGUAUAAACGACCUAUCCCUAGCAUAUACAACUCUGUUCUGCAAGAGUUGAUUGUGCAGCAGCAUUUGAUGAGGUAUAAGAGGACGUACCGUUAUGAUCCUGUUUUCGCCCUCGGUUUUGUUACUGUAUAUGAUCAGCUUAUGGAUGGGUACCCUAGCGAUGAGGAUCGGGAGGCCAUUUUCCAAGCCUACAUUAAGGCGUUGAAUGAGGAUCCAGAGCAAUAUAGAAUUGAUGCUCAAAAAUUGGAAGAGUGGGCUCGGUCUCAGUCUGCAGCUUCAUUGGUUGAAUUUGCAUCAAAAGAAGGAGAAGUUGAGAGUGUUUUGAAAGACAUUGCAGAACGAGCUGCGAGUAAGGGGAGUUUCAGUUACAGCCGAUUUUUUGCGAUUGGGCUAUUUCGACUCCUCGAAUUGGCAAAUGCUACUGAACCCAGUAUCUUGGAAAAGCUCUGUGCCGCUUUAAAUGUUGACAAAAAAAGUGUGGACCGAGACCUUGAUGUAUACCGCAACCUGCUUUCGAAGUUGGUUCAGGCGAAGGAGCUCCUAAAGGAAUACGUUGAUAGAGAGAAGAAGAAAAGAGAUGAGAGGGCUGGAUCACAGACAGCUAACGAGGCCGUAACAAAAUGAAUGAUUGGGUGAAUACAGCAUAGAGAGUGGUUUUUGAGAGCUGAUGACAUCAAUUGGAGCACUCACCGCCUAAUUUGAGAUAAGACUUUAAAGAGUUAUAGCAAUAUUCUAAAUACCUAAUACAUAUGCAUUUGUACUGUAUUGUUGGGUCUUCUGCAUUUGGUAAAUUUUGUAUUCUGCCAGCUUCUACUUUUCUUCUCAUUUGUAUUACAUAUUUUGAGUGCAAUUGUCUAUACAAAUGCUUUCGCACUC